UGUCAGUCAUGUUUUAAAUGCUCUUUUAAAUCCCCCAAAAUAAUUUACUAAGUCAUUUUGUUUUAAGAGGUGGGACUAGACGGCAUUUGAUAUUGGGUAAACCAUCACAUGCACGUGCCAUCGAUGAAUUUAGAUCCACGAGGUACAGUAUACCCCCUAGCCCCUAGCAGUAUGUCUUGUCUCAGGCCGCAAGUAGAUGGCGUCUGACUACACUACAACACAACCAAUACAGCGAGAUAGCUGAGUCACAGAACUAGGUAGGCUACUGUGGAAAAAGCAACAGUACAGAAACGGGUGUGAACACGGUUAUAGAAGCACCUGGCAAUUAUCGGGAAUCGUCUUGAAGAUGUUGUCCAUAACGUUGAAGACUCUUCAGCAGCAAACGUUUAAAAUCGAAAUAGAUCCAGAACUAACCGUAAAAGCCCUGAAGGAGAAGAUUGAGGUUGAGAAAGGGAAGGUUGGCUAUCCAGCCGCAGGGCAAAAGCUCAUCUAUGCAGGCAAAAUCUUGAAUGAUGACAUACCUUUAAAAGACUACAACAUUGACGAGAAAAACUUUGUGGUUGUCAUGGUUACAAAGCCCAAACCUCCAGCUCCUCCACAGAUUUCUCCUCAGGCAACCCCAGCCCCAGCCUCUAGCCCUGCUCCCGCCCCUGCGCCUCCUGUUGUUUCUGGGCUGUCCCUGUCAGACAUUACCUGUUCUACUUCUCCUGCCCCCAUGGAGAUCUCAACCCUCUCCCCUACACCCACACCCGCCCCUGCCUCAAACCCCACAAAAUCAGUGGAGCCCUCCACACCCCCAUCCCCUGCACCAGCCCCUGCUUCUAUUCCCCCUGAAGCUCUGGGGGCCAAUGCAGCCCCAGCUCCUGCCGCAGCAGCAUGCCCCGUCCCUGUCUCACCCUCAGAGGACAAGCCUCACGGGGAGCACCCCGAACUGCCCCUCGCCACUACGCCAGCCCUCUCCUCCUCUAGCCUUGUUGAUGACUUAAGUCUCUUGGAAGAAGCAGCAUCGAUACUGGUGACAGGACAAGCGUAUGAGAAUCUGGUGUCUGAAAUCAUGUCUAUGGGAUAUGAAAGGGAGCAGGUUAUUGCAGCGCUGCGAGCCAGUUACAACAACCCAGACAGAGCCGUGGAGUACCUGCUAAUGGGGAUUCCGUCCGAGGCUGACCUUCAGCCAGUGGAAGCGCUCCAACACAGAGUUCUGGCCAACCUCAAUCCCACUGCCCCAGUUCCUGCCCCAGCCUCUGCUCCAGCCUCUGCUCCAGCCUCUGCUCCAGCUUCUGAUCCAGCCACAGAUAUAGCCCAGCCCCCACCAGCAGCCACCAGCGCAGUGUCUUCAACCCAGCAGCCCCCCUCGUCUGGUGGGCUGACUGGUGGGCUAACUGGUGGGCUAACUGGUGGGCUUACUGGUGGAGGUACUGGGGGUGGGAACCCUCUGGAGUUCCUGAGGAACCAGCCACAAUUCCAGCAGAUGAGACAGAUCAUCCAGCAGAACCCAACUCUUCUUCCUGCCCUGCUCCAGCAGCUGGGCAGAGAUAACCCCCAAUUGCUGCAGCAAAUUACCCAGCACCAGGAGAGGUUUGUGCAGAUGCUGAAUGAGCCUCAAGGAGGAGAGAUGGUAGAGGAGGGAGCUGAGGCCCAGGGGGCGCCACAGACUAACUACAUCCAGGUCACCCCACAAGAGAAGGAGGCCAUCGAGAGGUUGAAAGCCUUGGGAUUUCCAGAGGGACUUGUCAUUCAAGCAUAUUUUGCAUGUGAGAAGAACGAGAAUCUAGCUGCCAAUUUUCUGCUCCAACAAACAUUUGAUGACGAGUGAACGUGCCUGCCUUGGCAUGAAGGGGAAGAAUGGAGGGCUAGAGAAUGAGUAAUAGUGCUCCAGAAUGUGCUUUUGAAGGAAGGAGUGGAAAAAGUUACCCAAAGUGACUGGUCUUCCCGGAUGCUUUUCAUUGGACAAAGACGUGAUGUGUUGUUACUGUCAGCUAGGCCUUCUCCAUUCUGAGUGUUAGAUCUCCGUGGUCUCUCUCUCUCUCUCUCUCUCUCUUUCUCUCCCUCUCUCUCUCUCUCUCUCUCCCUCUCUCUCUCGCUCUCUCUCUCUCUCUCUCUCUCUCUCUCUCUCUCUCUCUCUCUCUCCCUCUCUCUCUCUCUCUCUCUCUCUCUCUCUCUCUCUCUCUCUCUCUCUCUCUCACUGCUGCUAUUACUGCUCCUUGUGCCGUAUCCAUCUAUAGAGUUACAGUGGGCAGCUUGCCCUCACCAUAUAUUGCUUUUCAACCCCUCGCAAAUAAAACGCCAAGCAUACAUUAGCUGGUUGAUUCAUAUUUGUAAUGUGAGCCUCAUCUCCUGGGAAAAUAUACUUGAGUGUCCUGUGAUAAAAUGACAAAACCAGCAAAAUGGCCACGGAUCUCAAAUGUGUUGUUUGUUUUCUAGGCCGAGGCUGCGAAUCCGACAUUUCUCGACCCUCCGUUCUGACAGCUAAAGGUCCCGAAGCUUCUGCGCAUGUGUGUGAUUCUCUACUCUACUCACAGUCUCUGCUCUUUUAAUACAGAACCCCCCCCCCCUUCACAUUUCUCACUGUCCAUCGUGAAUGAUAAUUCUUUCAUUUUUACCGGUGAAAUGCCCAUGCAGAAUCUGCAUACCAACCUUGUGAUCUCAAUCAGUUUCAUGGGGAUAUGCAUUUAGAUCUUCUUAUACCGUGUUGUUUAGAAUUAUGUACAGUGAUUGACUUUUAGAGCAGACGGUACUUAGUUUCAAUCAAAGCAAAUAUAAUGCCAAGUGGAGCACACUUGUGUUUUGGCCACAUGAGAGAAAAAUCCGACCCUUCACACAAUCAUCUUAAAAUCUCAUACGGAAUUAGGUGUUUUUUGUCUUGUCUUACAGUAACGUUAUACUAUGCUAUUAUAUUUGGCCCUGUUAUGUUGAACACUAUCAUUAUGUGAUGUUGCAGACAUUGAUUCAGCUUUGAUCUAACUGUAGUAAUAAAGCCCCGUUCACCAGAGCAGAGCAGCCUGUUCUCUAUGAGUAGAGCGGAGACUGUACGUAAAGAAGAGAAUUCCGCACAUAUGCAGAAGCUUCUUAUUUCUCUCAGCUGAUCAUUACUGUCCAACCUUUCCAAUAUGUUUGUCUUCGUCAGACAAAGGGAACUGGGAUGUUUUGCCCGUGAAGUGUCCUAUUAAUGUUGGAGAGUUGCUUUGUCACUUUAUUUGACUGUUACAAAGGAAACAUUUCUUUGUAGAAGAGAAGGAUGUUCUGUGAUUGAUGUGUCAUCGUAUUCAAAUAUUAUUACACUGUAAAAUGAGACAUGGUAGAUGGUAGGGAAUAUUUGGAUUUGGUUCCAGAUGUGUAGUUUCAAGGUACCAAAUGAUUUUACAAAAGGAAGUUUUAGCCACAUAGUUGUUGUUUUUUCUUCGAUAUCAUUGCUCAACAGUUGAAGGUUAGUUAAAGCUGAAAGUCAAUUGAGCCAUGUCCUUAAUAUUAUUUUAUAAUCACUUUAAGUAUAUAACAAGAUUCUGCUCUCUCUGGACACUUUUUUUGUGUGUGUGUUUUGAUUGCCCCUGAUCCUUAAUGUAUUAUAUCAAAAGAAAUCAUGCUGCAAGUUUUUUUAACCAUGUAAUUGCUCCUUCAUGCCUCGUGGUUUGUCUCAUUUUGUUGAAGAGUAAUUGUUUGUUUGUGCAAAGUCAUGUACAGCUUUCAAAGGUCUAUCGUUAGUCAAUAUGUAUUUUUGUUUUUGCAUAGAUGAGUGCUAUAGGAUUUAUGUUGCCUAUCAACAGUAAACACCCAUCUCAUAAAAGGUGCUAGAGUGAAGGUAAGUUCUGGACGUCCUAUAAGCCAAAAGAAAACAAGUAAACAUCCCACAAAACUGGCCUUGGCUUUUUAUUUUUCUCUUGUGUGUAGAUGGGAAAGAUUGACCCAGCAGAGUUUCUGACUGUACAUGGAGUUGAUUUCUGCUUUUGCAAAAGGAAGCACUUUAAUGUGAAGACUGUUGCUCUGAGAUAUGUAGGGUUGGUUAAUUGCAUGAGUUUAUAACAGAGGCUCUAGCUGAGCUAUGGCAUGCUGUGGAACCACAGGAGUGAUGAUUUCAGCAUCUAACUUUUAGUUUUUUUGUUUUCUUUUGUUUUCUUUGAAACUACAAUAAAGCAAAAGGGUUUUAGACUUAAAUGCACCACUUGAAGGUUUAUUUAAGGUUAUUAUUUCAGCGUUAUGUCAAAUAAAUAGCUUUUUACAGAG